AAAACUUCUUAUCAGAGUCUGCAAUCAAACUGAACACCCUCCAACUUAAGCAAGACAAGAGGUAAAAAGUUAAGGGGACAAGAGCAUGAAUUGUUUCUGUUUACAGCAACAGUUGCUUUGACGUGAAAGCACACGGAAGACCGAGGAGAUGUUGUUUCAGGUGGUUGCUAUGCUACUGAUACGCAUUGCAGCUGUUCUCGUCUGCUCUGCAGCAGAGUUCUCUGUACUUGCUCCUGAUGGUUCAGUCUCAGCAUAUUUGGGGUCUUCAGUCAUCCUGCCGUGUCGUCUUUCUCCAUCUUUAAAUGCUGAGACGUUUGAAGUUCGGUGGUACAAGAAUGAUUACGACAACCCAGUUCUGCUGUAUAGAGAUCUAACGGUCCAGGAGAGCACUGGAGAUCCUCAGUACAGAGGCAGAGUGUCUCUGAUUGGAGAACUGGUGAAAGGGAACGUCUCUCUGAAACUGGAGAACCUCACACUGGCAGACAGAGGAGAAUAUGUGUGCUUUGUUAAGGGUGCCGUUUGGUACGACACGGCUAAUGCAAAUCUCACAAUAAAAGCUUUAGGCUCCCUUCCUGUUCUCUCAUUUGCUGAAGUUGGAGAUCAGGUGAAUGUGACCUGUGCAUCAGGUGGAUGGUCACCAAAGCCCAUCCUCACCUGGAGAGACAAAGAAGGGAGAGAACUCAGAAACAGCCACAUUCAUUACAAAACUGACUCUGAAGGGUUGGUCAGUGUGAGCUCUUGGCUGCUUUUCUCUCCCUCAGAGUCAGAGUGGAUCUCCUGUUCUGUGGGUUUAUCUGAUCAGGAGACGAGAGAGGGAAGAGUGCUGCCACACAAAGGAAUCUGGAGGGAGGCGUUCAUCUCCACUUUAGUACUUUCACUAAUUAUCGUCAUCAUCCUCACUGCUCUUCUUCUUUUAGUACGACAAGGUUUAUUUCCACACUGCUCAUCUCAUAAAAAUGCAAAAGCAGCAGCUAAUUCUGUUGAGUUCAUUCCAGCAGAAACAGUUCCCCUCAAAGUUCCAGAUGAAGCUGCAGAGAAGACAGUUUCAGAUAUCAGUUCACAGUCCUCUGUGUCUCCAGACUCUGCUGAAGAGAGAUUACAGAUGUGGAAUAAGCUGAAAAAACAAAGUGAAGCUCACUGUGGAUCCUGACACACGUCACAGAUCUCUGAUGUUGACACGAGAUGGAACUGGUGUGUAUUGUGGAACACUGAGCUUAUCCAACCCUGCAGACCCAUUUCCUCACGUUCUGAGUCAAGAAGAAUUCUCCUCAGGACU